GAUCUGGCCAUGUCCGACUAUCAGAUCUCAGUGGAGGAGCUGAACGACCUGCUGGCUAACGGCAGCGGCUGCUACAGCCUCCCCAGCGCGCACAGCAACGAGGUGGCACCCCGCAUCCACGUGGGGAACGCGUUCAUAGCCAAGAAUAUCAUGAGGUUGCAGCGCCUGGGCAUAACCCACAUCCUGAAUGCAGCAGAGGGAAAAUCCUUCAUGCAUGUGAACACUAAUGCAGAGUUCUACGAAGGCACAGGCAUCACCUACCAUGGCAUUAAAGCUAAUGACACCCAAGAAUUUAACCUCAGUUGCUAUUUUGAGGAGGCUGCUGACUUUAUUGACAGUGCAUUGUCCCAGAAGGAUGGCCGGGUGUUCGUGCACUGCCGUGAAGGCUACAGCCGCUCCCCAACACUGGUCAUUGCUUAUCUCAUGCUUCGCCAGAAUAUGGAUGUCAAGUCUGCAGUGAGCGCUGUCCGGCAGAAGCGAGAGAUUGGGCCCAAUGAUGGCUUCUUGAAGCAGCUCUGCCAACUUAAUGAGAGAUUAGUGAAGGAGGGCAAACUGAAGCCCUAAACCGAAGAGCUGCAUUUUCUCAGAGGGGCUCUCCUGACUGUCAAAGUGUGCACAUUAGGUGCUUUAGAUACCCAAACUUAAACUGCUAGGCUAGGUCAUGCAGUGCGAGGGAGGCAGAGUCCCUUCUUAUCUAGUGAAAGUAUCUUCCACAUGUCUGGGUCUGCCCUUUAAAAUAGCACAAAGCUCCAUCACUCCUAGGAGUGUUGCACUAAAGAAAGCUCUUUAGAGAGAUAAUUCCAACAACGUAUCAGCUGUCAUCACAUGUGUUUCUUUCAGAGCCCACUGGAGGUCCCAUGACAUACGUACUUCGCAUUGACUUUGGAUGUCAUUUGUUUAAGCUUCAUGUUCUUGAAUCCCACCAGUGCAACUCAGCCGCAUGGGUGCCCAAGAGCAGAAAUGCACCUCCCUUCACUUGCUUUUAAUUGAAGUACUGUAUUUUUAAAAGAGUAUCUCACAAACUCACAGGUGCCUAAAGUCUGAGUGUAGGAGCUUGCAAAGAUAGAGAAGUAUAUAUGCAAAUACACAGAUGCACUUACCCCAUUACUGUGUACAGCUUUGUGUGUGGUGUGGAUAUAUACAAUACAGUAUACGUACAGGGCUUGAGUGUGGCAGUAAAGCCAUCCAGAGUCUGAUGUUAAUACAAGUACCCUUGUAAAUAGAGUUUGUAUAUCUGUUAUUUGUGUUUAUUAUUAAGUAGAAACAAAAAUGCUGUAUUUUUUUCAUCUUAAAAUUUAGAGGGAAAAGUAAAAUAUAGAGAGCAAGUAUCAAAGGAAAGAAUCGAAUGUGAGGAGCAGAGAAUGGGAGUGCUUAGGUAUGUUGAUACUUGGUGUGGGUAUAAGAACCUGAACAGAAGACACACACAAUGUGAACUGACUGCUCAUGAGGGAUUUUAGUGAAUUUCAGGUUCUUUUUUCUUUAACCUCACUAUUAUUUAUAUUCACCCUGGAAAGCUUGAACCUGAAAUCUUUCUCCUCACUGAAAUAUUUUCCCUUCAAGAAGCACACACACUGAUUGCUUAUUGUAAGAUGCCCAUUGUAAGGGACAGCACAUUCUGCCUUGAAGUAGGAUUGCACUGUUUGUGUUUAAAGAGAGAUGAGCCCUGUUGCCCAUCACAUGGACAUGGCAAACAUUUACUUCCAAGUGGUUGAUAUCUUUAGCCUCUCUUAGACGCUGCCCUGUUAAGUCACUGCAGUAUCUGGAGUGUAAGCUGCUUCGUUUACAGUGUGCAUGUUGGCUGAGUGUGCAAACAUAACUUUAAAGGCUUGCAAAGUGCUGUACAUGUACUCAGUGCCUCACUGGUGCACCCCUAGAAUUGUUGGUAAUGCUAUCAGAACCCUGCAUAUACUUGUUCAGUUUUUCUGUGUGAUUUUAUGUAUUCAAAGGAUAACAUUUUAACAAGAAAAGCUCUUGUAUUAUUGAUGCACGCAAUGCCCAGCACUAGGUUGUUCUUUUUGGGUAUUCGAUUUUUUUAACCGUGUGUCAUUUCCUGAUCUAUUUUUAUUUUAAUAUUUUGUACACUUAGUUUGAUUUCAAGAAAGUUGUGGGUUGGGUCACUUGGCCUAUAACUCCAUAUGCGACUUCUCUAGUCAAAAACAGGGCUUGCUUCAGUUUCUUUGCAUAGGAUAGGGGUAGCCAAAAAAUAGUCCAGCUAGCCCUGUACCCUAUCUUUGUCAGCGGCUAGUACCAGAUGCUUCCACAGACAAAUGACCUCAUAAUGGAUAAUUAUGGAAAAAUCAGCACAUGGAAUUCAGUACAUACUAUCUACUGAAUCCUGUGCAUUUAGUGAUUGGCAUUUGUCCUGAAGCAGGAGGGUUUACAUCCUUUAUAUAAUUUUAUCAUAUCUAAUGCAUUUGGGGAUACUUUUCACUAUCAGUAUAAAUGUCUGAUUUUUAAAAAACCAUUACUUUCGUAUAUUGUGGUAGUGAGUUUCACAGGUUAAUUAUGUUUGUGUAAAAGUCUUUCCUGUUGAUCAGAUUUUUAAAUCUAUUGCCUUUUAAUUUCCUUGGUUGCCCAUUUUUCUGGUAUUAUGAAAGAUGGUGAAAAGGAGCACCUGCCUUAUCUUUUCUACAUUACUCAUUUUCCAUUUUGCAUACUACAAUCUUGUUUACAGAUAAAGCUGUUUUUCUACUUGUAUUGAUGGAACAGAGCUUUUAUCUCUUUACCUACAUCAGUGUAUUGCAAAUAUGAAUCCAAAUAAUAUAGAAAAAAUGUAUACACACCCCCACUCUCUUUUGGCUUUGAUUUGGCAUUUAGAAGGUAGGGUUCCAACCCAAUGACUGAUCUAAAAAGAAUUUUAUUAUUAGGCAUUAGAUUUUUUUUUCCACAGAUGCUCCUAGAUUAAUCUGUUUAGUUAGUGGGAGUGUGAUCAGAAACAUCCAGGAACGAUCUCAGUGUUUUUUGUUGGAAUAGUAGAAUCCAUCUGCUUUGUGGUGGUGAUAGGAUUUGCACAGCUUUGUAUUGUCUUGAUGAACCACCUAAAAGCAGGUGGAGAGAUUGCUGCUCGCAGUUGGCAUAUGACUAAAAUGAACUGGAAAUCAAGACAGAUAAGAAAAAUAUGGAGAUAUUUUUCAUCUGUUUAUAGGACCUUUUCGGAGUUCAUUUGCAAUGAUGUAAUAUCACUAACUUCAGUGGCAUAACAUCUGAUUUACCCCAGUGUAAAAGAUCAGAACCAGGUCUUCAGUGUUCACACUUGGCAGAUCUGGUGUCUAUUGAGGAUGAAUAAAAGAUGCUUGUGGGAAAGGAAUUAACCCAAAAGCAAGCUCUCGAACAUUAUAUCCUAUAGUGAGUUACUGAGUAGUUUGACUCAUACAUGAAACUGAUUCCUUGUUUCCUAUCCAUUCUCUUUGUUCUGCUCAUAGUCUUGAAAAGUAUAGUUAGAUUAUAACUUGUGAUGUCACAUGUACUCCUCCAGUCUUUCAUCUGUUCUUUCAGUUUAAGUCCUUUAAUGUUGCACAGUAUUCUGCAGAUUGCAGCUGUCAGAGAAGAGCUCUUAGUUCUAAAUUUAAUUCCAUAAUCAUGUUAUGCUUCUUAGUGCAUCUCUUUGACUGUAGGUGCCAGAUCUUAUUAAAAGGAAAAAAAUAGAGAUUUCUUCCAUCAUAAGAUGAAAUGGACAAAGUACCAAAAAAUACUGUGCCUUUUUACUGAAACUGGAGUGGAGCUGCUCACUGCUGCUGUGUGUUCCUUACUGGCGUGACCAUUGAGAAAUAUAUUUUUAAGUGCAGAAGAACAGGUAAGUAGGAACAUGGUGCAGUACCAGUGAUUAAACUGUUUUAGCUGUAACCAAGAAUGCUGCUUCUGGAUUUGUUGAUAUAAGUUUUAUCUCUAAAUAACAGAACUUUGCUUUUUGUCAGAGUAAGUACAAUCAGAGCUUUGGAGAAGAGAGGAUGCCUCUUCAGGAUACAAACCUGUCACAGAGCAAGUACAUCUACCAUGCCAGACCCAAUAUAACAAGAACAAAAGCAGUUGCUUUUUGCUUUGCAGGAAUGUUUUGGAUUUCUUUGAUGAUUUACUAAAAAAGCAACUCCAGUAGGUAAUGAGUCCUCUAAAAUAUCAUUGUUGUUUGCAAACACUGUUCUCAUGCUUCAGACUGAACCAAAAAUGUCCCAGCAAUUUCCCUACUACAGGGGCAGGGUUUAUAGUUUAGAGAAGAGGAUGAUGUGUGGGACUUUGCUUUAAUAUUCACAAACCUUUUUGUACUUUUUUGUUGUCAUCAUCUUUUGGCCAUGCAACAAAAACACAGCUGUUUACAACAGAACUGCAACAGUUCUGCAUGUCACACUACAGCAACUCAUAGUACAGCCAGAAAUUAGUUCAUGAAUGGGUGCCGUUGCAACUGGGUAUGGUGAACAAGUGGUUUCCUGUAAAUGGCAAACAUUUUGCAAAACUAGUUCAGAGUUUGAGAGGUAGGCUGUAAAUGCAGGACUAGUAGCCAGUAACUACUGUGUUCCAGUUCCAUUUUGACUCAUUGUACGAUGCUGGACUGGUCACCUUUCUCCUAUAAAAUGGAAACAAUACUUACCUACCUCACAGGCGUGUUGAGGAUUAACUAAUGGUUAGAAAGUGCUUUGAAGAUUAAAAGCACUAUAUAAAUGCUGAGUAUUAUGCAAUCUGUGACUUGAAAAUCUUCUGUCACAUGUAUGUUUCUUCCAACAAGAAGGAAUCAUUGCAAUAGAUGUGAGAGUGGCAAUGCUUUAUAGUCAGUCAUUUAAUAUUUACAAUGAACUCUCUCUUGGUCAGGGCCAGUUAAAAUCCCUGAUGCAGGAGUGAGUACGAACAGCAGGAAUUUUACUUUCUCCAAUUUUAUUAAAAUGAGUUUUACUGGUUUGACUGUGCUAAAAUAAUGUUGUUCAUGCAUCCAUGUCAUGGGCUCUGCCAAUAUGGAAAACUGAAAAUAGAACAGACCUGGGUGGUAGUAACUUCCAUGCAUUUAUUAUUGGAAAUUGGUAACCUUGUGUUCUGUGAUAUCCCAACGCCAAACAUAAAUGGGCAACUUCUGCCCUACAGUCUUUUCUAUGGGAAUUUGGAAUUUAAAUGUAACUUUCAAGCUGUUAGUACAACCCACAAACUUUAAAAAGAAAUCCAGAUCUAUACCAAUAGAUCUAUACAAACACAACCUACACUGGCUUUCUGUUGAAAAUCUCAGCUCUCUGUUUCCAUCCACUGGGAUUAGCAAUUGUACAGGUUUGUCAAUGAGCCAUUCUUAUCUCCUUUGAUGUACACUUUAAGGCUCCUGUACUACUGGAGUUGGAAAAAAGGGUUACAGCCAAAGAGCUUUCUGUACAGGAUACUGAAGAGGAAAAUGUACGGGAGACACAGUUAUAUACUGAGCAGGUUCUUUUCCUUUAUCUUGGUUGGAAGGUUGGAGCUCCUGGUGUUCAGUAAGAGGAGUUUUGUUCCUUUAUGUGGCGAUCACUCCAAUUAGAAAAAUCAAAUGUACAAUGCUCAUGUUUUGUGAUGUGACAGAAUAAAUUACCAGAGUUAAAUUGUUUGUUCUGUACAGUUUGUUGUGGUGUUUUGCAAAACAAAAAAACAAAUAUGUUUUAGCAAUGUGCAAUAAAGUAUAUAUGGUGCCGUUGGCAUGAUGAACACUGAGGUGUAAUCUGCAUGGAGUUGCAGCAGUUCUCAAGGGGAAUGUCGCAGAUGGCCAUAAUUACAGCAAAUGAGAGGAGCUGCCUCACACCUGAAGAGAGAUUCUCAAUAGAAUAUGGCUUCUAUGGACAUUAAGGGAACAAUCAAACAAUUUGCAUGGUUACCUGGGUUCUAUGUACAUACAAUCUGGGUUCAGUCCCCACAAGUUGCCUGAUACUUAUGGGCACAUUCUGUAC